CUCCGUUUCUAAUCCACCUUGUUUCUUAGUAUUGUGAUCCACACCUUCUUCUUUGUUCUCAGUUGUUAUUAUUCUUUCUUUUUUUUUUCCCCGCUCAGUCUCUUCUCUUCUGUGUUCUGAAUGGCGUAUUUCGGCCAUCCGCCUUCACUGUCUGUCGACGGCCAGUCGCCUCCCCAGCACCCUUCACAGCAGCAGCAGCAGCCGUACGCGCUCCAUCCGCAGCUCCAGCACCUCCAUCAGCUCCACCACCACCAACAGCAGCAGCAGCAGCAGGCAGCCAGCAGCAGCACCAGCACCAGCAGCAGUCAAACGCCGCCCGUGCUUUCCUCCGCCGUCGCAGCAGCCGCAGCAGCAGCCGCAGCCGCUUCCGCUUCUCACUCUGCUUCGUCAUCAUCGUCAUCAGGUCCGUUCGACGACUUGGCUGCUGCGAACGCCGCGGCGCGCUCGUCAAUGCAGUCGCCGGGAGUGUCGGGACGACCCGCAGAUGGCGCUGCUGGGAGCGGGGCGGACGGGACGGCGGCCACGGGGCCACGCAAGCGCCGCAGGGUCAACAGGGCCUGCAUGUACUGCCACAAGUCAAAGGUUAUGUGUGACGAUGAGCGACCGUGCAGCCGGUGCAUCAAACGGAAUAUCGCUCACUUGUGUCGAGACGACGAGUUCCAGCUCGAGCACACGCAAUACAAUGACCACUUUUCACAACAAGGCGAGCAGCGCAACAGCAUCAAGGCACAACAAGCCGCACAAUUCUUGUUCCCCGAAGUCCCCGUUGGCUCGAUUGGACGGGCAGAUCUCGUUGACCAACAGCAGCUCGAAUCCGAGAGUGCUGCGCCAUCCGUGUUCUCAUCGGCGGCAGAUCCAACCCAGGCAGCAGGGGCGGCCCCGAUGGAUCCCAAUGGGCACGAUCAAUUGUUUGCCAGUAUAGAUCUCGGCUUUGCCAGCACACCAAAGACAGAGUUGCUCGGCAGUGCAGACCCUGCCCUGGUUCUUGCCGCCUCUGCAAACCAGUCUGCGGCCGCUGGCGAGGCGCGCCCCAAAAUUGCGUCUGGCUCCUCUGUUCGCGCCACUCGCUCGUUCACUGCGCAAUUCCGCGACCCAUUUCAACCAGGUGUCUCGCCAUUCUUUGGCGGCGUGCUAACGGGCACUUCGCACGAUGCUGGAUUGGACCCGGCCAUUCCUCAGGACAACAACAUUAAAGCACAGAUUGCCAGCAUCAAUCGCGUGGACUCGCAACUCGCAGUUCGAGCUCCCAUCGAUGCCGGUGCGAGCGCUGUUGCUCGUAAUCCUGGCAAGGUGUUUAACUACUUUAACAGCUUGACGUCUGUGCGCAAGUACAUUUGUGAACGGCUAACUCCCGAGCAAUUCCAAGCCAUUGAGGAUUUGCUCGAGCCGGUUCGCAUGCAAAUAUUCGAGACUCUUCUCACGCUCGAGUACAAGGACCUGGUCUUUGUUGAAGAAAUGUUUGAUCGCAAGAUUCUGUUUUACAAAAAGUACUUUGAUGACAUUGGAACACCCUCGUGCUUGUGGCGUCGCACAGGAGAUGUUGCUUUGGCCAAUGAAGCCAUGUCGGAGCUUGUCGGACGAAGUGGCAAAGAGCUUGUAUCGUCAAACUUUUACAAGCUCCUCUCCAACUCCACGCUUUACGACUACAUUAUGCAAAUAUCUAUUCCACUGCUGUCGGCCAACUCUGCUCGAACAUUCAUUGCUUCAGUAGUGUUUGUGCGACCUGACAACACUGAGAUUCUUUGCAAGGCCUCCUUCACUGUCAAACGCGAUGUGUACGAACUGCCGCUGUGUGUUGUUGGCAAUUUCUUGCCAGUCAAUGUGACAGAAACCAAUCUGUUGCACAGCAUCCGAAUUAUUUGAGUUGGACUUUAUGGUUUAUGUUGGCGAGUGCACAUUUUGUUAUUCUCAUUCGAUACAGGUA